GAUGAGAGGCGCGAGAACGAGCGAAGGGCCGCCGAGGAGAGGCAGAGAAUCGCAGAAGAGAAGCGCAAAGUGGAAGAAGAGCGGCGCAAAGAGGAGGAGGAGUUCCAGAGGAAGGUGGAGGAGGAUCGUCGGAAGCUGGAAGAGGAGAAGCGAGAGGCACAAGAGCGCCUGGAAGCUGAGAAGGCGGCUGCGCGGGCCGAGAUCGAGAGCGAGAGGCUAAAAGCUCAG